GUCAAUAACGUGUUACUGCUUUGUGUCAUCGACUGUUAACUUUGUUUGAAUUUACCGCCGCGUUUUGUAAAGCAGUAGAGGGCGCUUGGCGACCAUUCACUCCUCUCGCUGAUUGGUCCAAUGAGCAACAGCUGACAGAUGAUGAUUUUGAAAACACUACUGGAUACUGGUACGCGUUUGGAUAUUAUCUCUGUGAGAAGAUUUAAUAAGAUUUUUCGGGAAUACUCGGGAACAAUGGGGCCACUUGAAAGUGCCAAGAAAGCUGCUGCGUACAAGGCGAUCGAUGAAUAUGUGAAGGAUAACAAUGUUAUCGGUAUUGGCAGUGGAUCUACCAUUAUAUAUGCUGUUCACAGACUCGCUGAACGCGUGAAAGAAGAAAAACUAAAUGUUGUAUGCAUUCCGACAUCAUUCCAAUCGCGUCAGCUAAUCGUCAAUCAUCGACUCACCUUAGGAGACUUAGAAACUCACCCGAAAUUGGACUGUGCCAUCGAUGGGGCUGACGAGGUAGAUUCUGAAUUGAAUCUCAUCAAAGGUGGCGGCGGAUGCUUGUUGCAAGAAAAGAUAAUCGCUUCCUGUGCUGAUCACUUUAUCGUUAUCGCUGAUUACACAAAAAAUUCUCAAAGACUUGGAGAACAAUAUAAGAAGGGUAUCCCGAUAGAAGUGGUGCCAAUGGCGUACGUUCCUAUACAACGCAGAAUUGAAGAUAAUUAUGGCGGAUCUCUAGAAAUCAGAAUGGCCAAAGCGAAAGCGGGUCCCGUUGUUACUGAUAAUGGCAAUUUCAUUUUGGACUGGCACUUUCCGCACGAGAUCACUGAUUGGAAUAAGGUCAAUACGGAAAUUCUACUCAUACCUGGAGUCGUGGAGACGGGACUUUUCAUAAAGAUGGCCAAAAAAGCCUUCUUUGGUAUGGCGGAUGGUAGCAUUAUGGAGCAAUCUUAGAAAUUAUUUAAAUUGAUAAACUGUUUAUCUUUUGAGAAGGUCUUGAAUAGAAGCAACGCAUCCUGAAUACGUUGUAUGAUUGAAUUAUCAGUUGUCCUGAAGACUGCAGAAAUACAUUUUUAGCAGUUUUCUAUCUUGCCAUAUCGCAAUAAGAGUUUGUAUUUUCGUAUGUCUGUUUUCUAUCACUUUCGUUAUUGCCAUCGUGCUAUACGUCCCGACGUUUAGUAAAAUUCUUAACAAUGGUUUAGAAAACUCUACAGACCUGGGUUUCAUGUAUUCAUAAUAUUUGUAAUAAAGAUCUAAAUAUGCUCAUCA